CGUGCAGACCGCUGCAGACACCCUUCCCACAUGGCAACAUUUCAGGACUACGGAUAGAUAGCCUGCCGAAUCUACGGAUAGAUAGCCUGCUCUACGCACGUGCAGACGGGAAAUGCAGUUAUAGGUAGGUUAGCUAGGCUACAGUAGAGAUUAAUAGUUAUUUUGGUUGUCAGGUGCAAACUCGAUUUUACACGUCUAGUCUAUGGAUAAUUCUGGUUGAAAUUUUCUUGCGGCUUUUUGACCGUAAUGACUAUUCGUGUUUUUAAAAUAUAUAUUUUAAUGGUAUUUAACGCUCAUGGCCCACAGAAGAGACAACAUGCCCAAAUUGUCUCCGUAAACCAAAUGUUGCCUACUAAAAUUGUGUGUUUCAGAGAAAAACUACAGGACACAAGUAGCCCGAAAGGCCAGUCAUAUAGCCUAUCUAUUUUAAGGUCCACAAGUGAUCAGUAAACGUUUUGAACAAGUUUAUGGUACAUUCUUAUUUCAGACAGAUGACAUCAAAACUCUGACCAAGCCUGCACUAUUCCUGCGCCCCUUCUCCUGACAUCCUCUUUCAACAGACUUCAAGAGCGUCGGAUGGAAAUACACACAGAGUAGGCUAGGCUACAGGAAGGAGAACCACGUACAGUCGGACUGUAACACGAGAUUUGACGCAACACCUGAACUACUGCGUGCUUCAAAAACACAGCUGAUUUUGGAGUUUAUCGAACCCUCUAUAUGCAACGCUGUCCACCAAUGAUCUGCAGAAUGAAUACAAUACUUCUGCGUAACUUUGCGAAGUUUUUUGUGUGCUGGAAUGUAAUUUACCUACACGUUUACGCACAGGUUCAUCCAGAGGUCGGCCUCACAGCACAGGAGCAGAUGUACCUGCUGUAUGAUGUCAAAGUUGAGUGUCAUCAGAACAUCUCCACACACAACCCUGCAGAUGACCUUUGUGCCCCUGGCUGGGAUGGUCUGAUCUGUUGGCCUCAGGGAUCCACCGGAGCACUAACAAAGGUUCCCUGCCCCAGCUACAUCUACGACUUCAACCAUCAAGGUCAUGCUUACAGGAAGUGUGAUGUCAACGGUUCCUGGGUUUCUGUGGAGGGGUUGAACCGAACAUGGUCCAAUUAUUCCGACUGCUUAAAAUUCCUUUUACCUGGUCAAGAGGAGGAAAAGCAGGACUUCUUUGACCGGCUGUACGUCAUGUACACCGUUGGAUAUGCACUGUCCUUCAUCUCUCUUCUAGGGGCCUUUGUCAUCAUAGGCUACUUCAGACGCCUCCACUGCACUAGGAACUACAUCCACAUGCACCUGUUUGUGUCCUUCAUGCUGCGUGCCGUCAGCAUCUUUGUCAAAGACAAGGUGGUCCACACCAACGGAGGUCUGCAGGAGUUUGACACAGCGCUCAUGGACAACUACAAGACCAUCUCUGCGAUGCCCCUUGACAACUCCCAGUUUGUUGGAUGCAAGAUCACUGUGUUGCUCUUCAUUUACUUCCUGGCAACCAACUACUACUGGAUCCUGGUAGAGGGGCUGUACCUCCACAGCCUCAUCUUCAUGGCCUUCUACUCGGACACCAAAUACCUGUGGGGCUUUACCCUGAUUGGAUGGGGUGUCCCUGCUCUCUUCGUCGCCGCCUGGGCUGUUGUCCGGGCAACGCUGGCAGACGCACGAUGCUGGGAGUUAAGUGCGGGUAACAUUAAAUGGAUCUAUCAAGUUCCCAUCCUUACAGCCAUUGGUCUCAACUUUAUUUUGUUUGUGAAUAUUGUGAGAGUGCUGGCCACAAAAAUCAGAGAGACAAAUGCUGGGAGAUUUGACACUCGGAAGCAAUGCAGGAAACUGGCUAAGUCCACUCUAGUGCUGGUGCUGGUGUUCGGGGUCCACUACAUAGUGUUUGUGGGCAUGCCACACUCGUUCAAAGGGGUCGGAUGGGAGGUCCGAAUGUACUGUGAGCUCUUUUUCAACUCUUUCCAGGGUUUCUUUGUGUCCAUUAUCUACUGCUACUGCAACGGAGAGGUCCAGGCAGAGAUCAAGAAGACCUGGACUCGCUGGAACCUGGUGUUUGACGGGAAGGAACCGGCAGCAUGUGCCAACUACCGGUACGGCCUCAACCAGAACACUACCAGUCAGACCCAGCCGCUGGCCGUGAUCUCGGGCACCUCCUCUCUCUUCUCCAGCCAUGUGUACCGCAGCAGCCAAGCCAGGCACAGCGUCAGCACCCACAGCACCUUGCCCGGCUACGUGUUCAGCAACUCUGAGGUGGAUAGCCUGCCCCCAUCCAUCCUAGAGGAGGCAGACGAGCGAGCCAAGCAGGUGGACGACAUCUCCCUCCGAGAGUCCUUACCUGUGAAUAUCACCAGCAUAGGAGAGGACAUGGAGGAGACACUGUAGAGAGAGAGAGUAGAGGGAAAGUGGGAAUGUACAGCUGACAACAAUUCUGUUUUAUAUUUUUUAAAUGACAGGACAGAGGGAAGGUAGAGCGGGAGAUACACAGGAAUGAGGGCCACAAACAGAAAGUGGCUGAGACCGAACUCAAGACUCGAAUUCGCAUCGCCAAGGGAAUACGUGGUUCGGAGGCGGCAGCCUUACCACUAGACCAGACUCCGGCAGAUAUGUUUGAUGUUUUGCGGAUACUGUAUAUCACCAUAUCCUUGUCUUACGCCAGCUAGCGCUUAAGAGUUGCAGUUUUUUUUUCUAUAUGGUCAUUGGUUAUUAUUUUCAUGGACUGUUAUUUGUCACUUCGAGUGGUGGCUAGACAAUCAGUCAGGUCUGUGGCUAAAUAUGGACGGGAAGUGCUGCAGCUACAGACUAGUUUGUGUCUGUCAUUCGUAAUGCUGAAGAAAAUUACAGUGCCUUCAGAAAGUAUUCACACCCCUUGACCUUUUUCCACAUUUUGUUGUAUUACAACCUAAAUUUUAAAUUGAUUCAAUUUAGAUUGUGUCACUGAUCUACACACUCUACCCCAUAAUGUUAGUGGAAUUAUGUUUUUAGACAUUUUUACAAAUUAAUCCAAAUGAAAAAGCUGAAAUGUCUUGAGUCAAUAAGUAUUCAACCCCUUUGUUAUGGCAAGCCUAAAUAAGUUCAGGAGAAAAAUAAUACGUUCCAUGACUAUCCCAUUUCUGUACCACACAAAUACAAUUAUCUGUACGGUCCCUCAGUUGAGCAGUGAAUUUCAAGCACAGAUUCAACAACAAGGACCAGGUAGGUUUUCCAAUGCCUCGCAAAGAAGGGCGCCGAUUGGUAGAUGGGUAGAAGAAAAAAAGCAGACACUGACAGACCUGACUGAUAUACAGUAUCCGCAAAACACUAAAUAUCCCUUUGAGCAUGCUGAUGUUAUUAAUUACACUUUGGAUGGUGUAUCAAUACUCCCAGUCACUACAAAGAUACAGGCGUCCUUCCUAACUCAGUUGACUGUGAGGAAGGAAACGGCUCCGGCAUUUCACCAUGAGGCCAAUGGUGAUUUUAAACCAGGUAGAGUUUAAAUAAUAAUAAUUUAACCUUUAUUUAACUGGGCAAGUCAGUUAAGAACAAAUUCUUAUUUACAAUGACGGUGAUGAUGAUUUUUACCUUGUCAGCUCGGGGAUUCGAUCUAGCAACCUUUCAGUUACCUGCCGGCCCUAAAUGACAAAUUAAAGGAAGCCUGUACAGAAUACAAAUAUUCCAAAACAUGCAUCCCAUUUGCAAUAAGGCAAGUAAUAUUGCAAAGAACUUGGCAAAGAAAUUAACUUUUUGUCCUGAACACAAAGCAUUAUGUUUGGGGCAAAUCCAACAUAACACAUUACGGAGUACCACUCUUCAUAUUUUCAAGCAUGGUGGUGGCUGCAUCAUGUUAUGGGCAUGCUUAUCAUUGGCAAGGACUAGGGAAUUUUCUUGGAUGAAAAGAAAAGGAAUAGAGCUAAGCACAGGCAAAGUCCUAGAGGAAAACCAGGUUCAGUCUACUUUCCAACAGACACUGGGAGACCAAUCCACCUUUCAGCAGGACAAUAACCUAAAACGCAUGGCCAAAUAUACACUGGAAUUACUUACCAAGACGACAUUGAAUGUUCCUGAGUGGCCAUGUUACAGUUCACGGGAUAGCAGAGCCACAAAAUGAAUUGUACAUAAUAAAACACUUGAUUGCAUAAUGCACAUUAACCAAAUCGAUCACAUUCAGUGAUAAUAUAACACAUGAUCAACUUACAGUAAUGUAAGAUCAGGCUAUGAUGUAAGCUAGGCCAUUAGAGAUUUUAUCCCCUUACCAGGUUAAAGACCCUACUUCAAACCCAUGUGUUUAGUACCGACCAUAUCCAUGUUCUAUGUCUGUAUUAAUAGAACCCCAUUAGUUGUGCUCCUGCCCUGUCAUUUCUUCAGUACACUACAUCUGAGCCCCACACGGCACCCUAUUCCCUUUAUAGUGCACUACUUUGUCCAGUGCCCAAUAGAGCUCUGGCCAAAUCUAGUACACUAUAUUGGGAAUAGGGUGCCAUUUUGAACACAUUCUAUAUGGACCAAUUAAUGGCCUUUAUCUAGAAAAUGCUUUCAUUACUGCUCAGCCAGUUCCAGCCAGUAACACUCUGGUUUCCUGUACGAGUAAUAGUUAAUGACUAUGAAUCAGAAUACAGAGUGGAUUCAACAAAGCAGUGUGAGAUUUGACAGAAAAAGGCAAAUGCCAAUUUGGUUUUAAAUGGAACACCUGGGUGACUACUGACAACUAAAGUAUAUGCAGUAUAUACAUAUAUAUAUACCUGGUUGCUUCACAGAGGAAACUCGUCCAAUAAGCAUGUGGAAUUUCACACGGCACAGCUAGUGGUAGUAUGUCUGGCAUUUUACUUUAACCUAGACCUCUCUCUCAGAGAUCUAUUCUCCAAAUGGCACGUGGUUUCAGCCACAUUUUAUCUGAACAUGUCAAUUGGCUAGUUUGUGGUAGUACUAUAGUGCAGUACGAUACCUGUACAAUAAAAAUGCCCAUGUGUUUUAGUAGCUUUAGAAUUCAUUAGUAGCCGCAUCUAUACAUUUGAGAGUGGUUACAUCUCUCCAGUUCCAUCCCUCAGCUUGCUGAAAAAGUGGUGGGCGGUGACUGCUUUUAUGUCGUUUGAAUACCAGAUUGCCCCUUUAACCAAAUACCAGGAACACACUUUUCGGUAACACUUUACUUGACACCCAGUGUCAUAACCAUGUCAUAAUAUUUCAUAACAGUUGUCAUAGCCUGUCAUAGCACUGUCGUGACCCAUAUUUACACCUGUUGUGACAUAUAUUGUGUUAUUUUAUGGCUGGUCAAAUCCCACAUAUAUUAAAAUUUGUUUUUUCUCUCCCAAGAAGUUUCCUUUCGUUUGAUUAGUUUGUUUCUUAAAUCUUUUGCUGUUUUAAUGAAUUUUUAAAAGUCAUGUUUUGUCAUCAUAUUUGAAAUAACUUGUAGAAAAUACACUUUAUGACACUGUCAUGAAGCAUUAUGAGCAUCCUGUGUCACUUUACUUGGACUAAGAAAAUACAAUUUAUGACGCAGUCAAGAACCAUCAUAAUCAUGUAAGCCAGAUAGACCUAUCACGUACAUGCCCUUAUAUCAGUCAAAAACAGGGUGUCUUGUCCUGCUCCUGAAAUCUGCUCCUGCAUUUAUCCUAGUCAUCGGCAAAAGAGCAUUGGGGUAGGUGCAUGUCUGACAUCAAUGUAUGGGCAAUUACAAUUAGAAUUUAAUAUGGUCAAUUAAAAAAAAAUAUAUAUAUAUAUAUAUAUAUAUAACAAACAUACUGUUGACACGUAGGCUAUGGUGUAAUGGAAUGUUUUGCCUCGUGUGGUAAGUUUUGUGGGUUUUGAUUCUCUUGUAUAGGUGUCAUAACUAGCCAUAAAAUAAUGCAAUAUAUGUCACAAGACGAAAUAUGUGUCAUGACAGUGUUAUGACCAUAUAACAGAUUAUGACAAAUCCCAUGACGUUUCCUCCUGGGUGAAGAUCAAAGAGAGCCCCCCCAUCUCCCACCAGAGAGGAAGGGGGCGAAGUGGGACGAUUUUCUGAAUGUUACGAAAUGGUUAGAAACUCUCAACACGCGUGAAGAAGAAAAUCUCUAGAGACCAAAACAUGACGGGUGGCUGCCAGUGUGUAAAGUGGUCCUAGCUGUACCCUGAAUAAUCAACCAUUGAGACCAGAAAAUGGCAAGACCCUCAAACUCUCGACGAAGGUGAAGACUAGACAUUCACAGUCUGCAGCUGUAUAUGUAAAAUAGUCUAGAAAUCUCGACUGAAGAUGGAAGAAGAUUUCCCUAUCAUUACCAUUGUGGUACAUCUGAAGGAUCCAGUCUAACAAACACUGAGACAAAGAAGCCUACUACAACUACUAAAGACACUGUGACCUCUGGUGGACAAUCAGAGACCUGCAUUGGACGACUCCCCAUUGGGCGAUUUCAACAGAGAUAGAUGACAGACAUACAAGCGUAAAUAUAUACAUUGCAAUUAUUUACGAUUGAGCGGUCGUUCAUGUGCAAAGUAUUCACAUUCCAUGAGCAUAGUUUUCCAACUGUAUGUAAGAUGGGUCCCCUCUGUUUCUCCCGCUCUUUCUUUCCCCACCCCUUUUUAUUUAUUUAAAAAUAUAUAUAUUUCACCUUUAUUUAACCAGGUAGGCUAGUUGAGAACAAGUUCUCAAUUGCAACUGCGACCUGGCCAAGAUAAAGCAAAGCAGUGUGACACAGACAACAACACAGAGUUACACAUGGAGUAAACAAUAAACAAGCCAAUAACACUUUUCACUUUCCCUUUCCAUUGUGUAACAAGCCUCUACAUCGGGUUAGUCCACUAGGGACAUUUCAUUGCAUUAUGUUAGUAAUCAAUUGAACCUAUACUGUGUGUGUUUAUGUAUUUCUGUGUUAUUGUUUAGUUAGUUAGUAAAUAAAUAAUUAAGCCAA